AUGACUGGUACCCGAAUAGGCCAGACGGCAGCCGUUCACCGAGUUAAUGAACGGGCUGCCAGAAAAUCUGCGAAAAAGGCCGCCAAAAAGGCUAUGAAACGAAUGCUUAAGGCCAGGAAAAAAAUGGCCGAGGAGGCGAAAAAGAGAACAAAGAAGUCCACAUUAAAAACAACCACAAAAAGGAACGUCGAACAUGGGGCACAUUCAAGAGAAACAAGCACAGAAUCGGAGGAUUCGCAAUUCAUGAGUACGGACAGUUCAACAGAAACAGAACAAACCAUAGAUGACUUAACACGAUUUCAACUUGAUGAACAGAACCCAUACAAACGGGAGGGCGAUGGACUUCCCAGUCCCGAAGAAAUAGAGUUCAUCCAGACGAGAAACUUUCAGUGGAGUGAAAACGACCGGCUCAUUGAUGAGUGUGAGAAUAAAGACAAAUCGGUACAACGUGACACGGAAUCAGAUGAUGUAAGUAAAAAUAACGGUGCUGUUGGUAAACCGAAAGAGAAAGAAAAAAAGAACGAAACCAAAAGUAAAAAACAUGAUGCUUCCGUGAAGUCAAAGUCAAAAUCACCGAUGAAGAAGAACGAUAAAACGGUAAAAACUGAGAAGGGGAAAAAGCAUGAUAAAUCGUCAUCAGAGAAUGCGGUUUCGACGGAACGCAAUCUCCAGUCAGAGCCACAGUCGGGUAAACAAAAAGGAGCAACAUAUAAGAAAAACAAGAAAGAAUCUGCUAACAAAAUUGCCAAAAAGGAACAGAAAGUAAAGAAUUCGAAGCCGGAAGGUUCAGUCCCUGCUCCGGCAAAACGUGGAUGGGGGAAAAAGUGGACAAAAUCAAAAGUAAAAGAAACAGAAUCGGCUACUGACUCGGAUCGGUCUACCACAUCCACAAAUGAGAUUAACAAUAGACAAGGCGAUAGUACAAUGAUCACUGAUGUGAACGAUAUGAAUCACAGAGACUUGGCAGCANCAUCCGGAGGACCCGAUGCGAUGUUCACUUCCCGGCCUCUGUUUGGGCAAGUCGGGGAAACCACAUCAGAUGAGCACUCCUCUCGAGGUCUGAUUUCAAGUAUGCAAUCGAACAGCGAUUCAAAACAAAGUGUGGAUACUAACGAGCAGCCAGGUGCGAUCAGACGAAGAAAAUCGUGGUCUUUUAGACGAUCCACAAAGUUGACAGAUAUCACUAAUGCUCCUCCAUCAUUGCCGGUGAAUUCGGACAAGAUGAAUCAAACAGCUGACUUGUUGGAAAAAGCAAAAUCUCUGCCCGGUAUCACCCAAUUGCAACAGCGCAUUCACAAUGAUGUGCUUGAGAAACAGGCCAUUGAAGAAGUGAAUGAUGCACGAUUCACCAUGAUGCUUUUUCAGCUAGCGCGACAUUUGAUGCUCGAGGAACAACCAACAAAUCAAAUGACGGCGGAAACAAAGAAACCAACUGUGAAGUGUAAAUGUGCACGGAAAGAAAAGCGGUCCGAAUGGUUGACCGCAUUGGAACUGAUAUUGAAAGCCCAGGGUGAACAGUUACGGGAUCGGAUGCGAGUGGAGAAGAAAAAGCACAGGCGACAUCUGACACCAAUUUACAUUAAUGGAGCAUACACCGGAGAAUACGGACUAAAAUCAUUGCAUCCUAAACGGAGAAAACGGAAACCGGAUCAAGAAAUCGGUGUUCAAGUCACACCAGAAUUUUUCGGAGAGCAAAAAGAGGGUGUGGACACGGAGGAGGAUAAGUCCACAAACCCAAGCGAUUCGGAUAGUUCUGAGGAGUCGUCCAGUUCAACGGAUGAUGAGAAACGCAGAUUGCGAAAUGUGAAGCACCUAUGCAAUAUAAUCCACUUGAUACUCCGUUGGGAUUCCCAAGGCUUCAGUAUUUGUCGCCUGAGUGUUGGACUCACGUACAAUCAUACUGCUUUGGAUAGAUUGUUGCUGUGGUUGUUGGACAUUCUGAUUUUCAGUGGGAGUUCCUUCUGCGCUUCUCUGGGCAAGCCAAUUCAGGUGUUGGAUUUGGAAAGAAGCAGUCAGGGUAAACGCAGUUUAAUUUCGAGUAUCCAGUCAGUGAUGUGA